AUGAGUGAUGGAUUUUGCAGUACUCAUUUGCAGAUCAUGGUUAGGACCAGAGGAUUAGGUCGUGCCUUAGGUCAGGUCACUCGCAGAGGUGUGGGCAGAGGAGAUCAUGAUGAUUCUGAUGAUGCUCCACAGCGUCAACGACCUACUGCAUCCGCACGGAGGCAGCGAGUCGCUAUGACUGCAGAUCACGUCGAUGAGCCAUUCAUCGCUGACCCAGACGUUCAGGAUGACCCGAUGGAGGCACCAGCUGCUGUGGAGGACAUUCCUGCGGACGCAGGCGCAGAGGCGGCUGAGGAUCAGCCUCAGAGAUUUCCGGGUGGUCCGAGUGACCCAUAUGUGCUAACAACGUAUGCGGAUCACGUUGCUUGCAGCGUAUGGAGGGGAGAGGACGCUCCUGAAUUGAAGUUAUCCUCGCAUGGGAGGAAGGUCCAUAGUUUAGGCAGGUCUGUCCCUGCCAUUGAGGGACUUAUCGCUGGUACAGGACUAAGUCCUCUGAUCACGUGUUCGGUAGACACCGGCGAUCGGGGACUUUUGCCCGCGUUUGUGGAGCGGUGGCACCGGGAGACGUCUAGUUUCCAUCUCCCGGUGGGUGAGCUCACCAUCACAUUGGACGACGUCUCCUAUCUUCUCCAUCUUCCCGUUAUAGGCGACUUUCACGCAUUUGAGCCCUUGCACGUGGAUGAUGCGGUUCAGAUGCUGGUGGACUUGCUGAUGGUGUCUCCAGAGUCUGCUAGGGUUGAGAUAGUCCAGUGUCGUGGACCGUACGUACGCCUGCAAUGGGUACGUGAUAUAUAUCAGCGCCGAUGCCAGGCAGGUCAUUGGACAGCUGCGGCUCGUGCAUAUCUUCUUCACCUGUUGGGUUGCACUCUGCUUGCUAACAAGAGUGCAACCAAUGUCCAUAUUGUCUACUUGGAGGCCCUUCGGGACCUCAGUAUGAUAGAUAGGUACGCUUGGGGAGUGGCUGCUUUGGACUACGACGAGGCUUCUCCGCGUGUGUGCAGGUGGAUUGCGACGAAGAAGACCGUGAAGAGCAUACGCACGCCGUCGUAUAGGGAGCGCCUGGACCGACUCCGGAUUCUGGAUGUCUGUUGGAUCCCGUAUGGGGAGCAUCGGGAGGUCCGGGACUUCCACGUCAGAUCAUGCUACUCCGGUCUCUUGCGCUGGGGGCCUGUUGCUGUGUAUUACCGACCAGAGAGGGUUGUGCGGCAGUUUGGUUACACGCAGACCAUUCCUGCUCCUCCUGUCGAUUCAUGGAUUUCAUAUGAUGAUAUACACGACAAGUGGAUGCACUACGAGGAUCAUAUCGUACCUGCAGGUGAGGUGUGCGUGGUGCCAGGGGCGUGUUCCAAUGACUACAUCGACUGGUUCUUCCGCAUCUCCCAUCCUUUCAUGACACCAGGCCACGCAGUAGAUCCUCUGCCUCAUGGUCACGCCCUGCAGCCCCGAGUCAUCCCUCAGGCCCCGCAGACAGAUAUCCCUCGCGUGCCGGAGCCAGGAGCAUCAUCGACAUCUACGGAGGAGCCCAGACAUGCAGUGGAAGUUUGUGAUGACAUUGCUGAGCGGUUGAAGCGCCAUCUGAGUCUAGGGGUGGUCACGCCUGGCUCAUCUACACAUGAGGUGAUCGAAGAAUGUCUCAGAUUGGCCAGGAGUGUCACACAGGACCAUCUAUUAUACGUUAGGUGUAGACGCAGGCGGCGCACUGAUCAGGCUUAG